CUCAUUCAUUCGCAAAAUCGCGUACUUGCUGAGUCUGAAGUCGAUCGAAGACGGAACCUGGGAAAGAGAUCCAACCCGCACUAAAGCUGCAAUGGAUUCUCCGAGGCUCUUUUGCUUGGCUUUUGUGAUUCUGUCCUUCGCCUUCCUUGGACGUUGCAGAGUAUCAGAACAUGUCAGGAACCGAAGGGCUUCGUCCCCAGCUCUGCCCAAAGUGAAUACAACUGAACGUCUGAAGCAGCUGCGAGAGAAGAUGAGGGCUGAGGGCAUACAGGCGUACAUUAUCCCCUCUGUUGACCAACACAUGAGUGAAUAUGUUGCUGGUCACUUUGAACGACGUCCAUACAUAUCCGGGUUCACAGGCUCUGCCGGUGAUGCAGUGGUAACAAUGAACAAAGCUGGAAUGUGGACUGAUGGUCGGUAUUUCAAUCAAGCUGGUAUGCAGAUGGACGACAAUUGGACCUUAAUGAAAGACGGUAUGCCAGGCACGCCGUCACAAGAAGAAUGGCUAGCUAAGGUAAUGUGAUUCUGGCACCUAGUAAAAUAUGGACUGGACUGGAUUAGUGAAACAUGGACUGGA